CGCUGGGACGGGGAUGGGUGGACAGAGGAUGCCGUGUUUUGCCCAUUCCUGCUCUGUCACCAGCGUGUCUCCGUGAGAACCUGUGUGCGCAGGGGUGUCUGUGUGUGUCUGUGCCUGUGUCUGUGCUCCUGCCCUGCACGCCCAUCGCCGCAGCUCGUCCCGCCUGGGCUGACAACUCUGCGUUGACACCUCGGCUACUCGCUGAGCGCGGUUCAGGACCCGGGCACCAGGUACCAUUUGGGUGGUGCUGUGUUUGUGCAGGCUACGGAUUGGAUUUCUAACAAGCUUCUCACCACGGAGAAAAGACAAGCUGAUGCAAGAAAGGAGAUAUGGAGAUGUCCAUGAUGGGAAGAUGCUGUGUGCCCCAUCUCCUGCUUCUUCUCGCAUUCAUGUUCAACGGAGAGCGAAUUGUGGCACAAAGAGCAGGUUGCAAGAACGUUCACUAUGACCUCGUCUUCAUCUUGGAUGCCUCCUCCAGCGUUGGAAAAGAGAAUUUUGAGAAGGUUCGGCAGUGGGUGUCUAAUUUGGUGGAAACUUUUGAGAUCGGCCCAGACAAAACCCGUGUCGGUGUGGUGCGAUACAGCGAUCGUCCGACCACAGAGUUUGACCUGGGGAAGUAUAGAACCCGUGAGGAAAUCAAAGAGGCUGCACGAAACAUUAAGUAUUAUGGGGGUAAUACCAACACUGGAGAUGCUCUGAGGUACAUCAACACCUACAGCUUUUCCAAAGAAGCUGGUGGGAGACUUAGUGAUCGAACAGUUAAAAAAGUGGCCAUCCUUUUGACCGAUGGAAGGAGCCAGGAUCAUGUCUUGGAUCCCGCCACUGCAGCACAUCAGGCUGGGAUUAGAAUCUUUGUUGUGGGUGUUGGCGAAGCCUUAAAAGAGGAACUCGACGAGAUUGCUUCAGAACCCAAGUCUGCUCACGUUUUUCAUGUUUCUGAUUACAACGCCAUCGAUAAAAUCCGGGAAAAGCUGAGAAGACGUCUCUGUGAAAAUGUCCUUUGUCCAAAUGUCCACGUGGAAGGAGACCGAUUCAAACACACCAGUGGGGGGACUGAUGAGAUUCCAGGAUUUGACCUUAUGGAUUCAUUCAGCGUUAAGCAAAUUUUUGGAAUGAAAGAAAAUGGAAUUCAGAGCGCUUAUGUUCGACUUGGAAGCUUUCCUGUUGUUCAAAAAACUGAGGAUGUAUUUCCCCAAGGUCUCCCUGAUGAAUAUGCCUUUGUAACUACCUUCAAAUUCCGGAAGGCAUCCAGGAAAGAAGACUGGUAUAUUUGGCAGAUUAUUGACAAGUACGGCAUACCACAGGUUUCGAUCCGGCUGGAUGGAGAGAACAAAGCUUUAGAGUACAACGCUGUUGGGCUCACCAAGGAUGCUGUGAGAGUGGUCUUCCGAAAUGAAAGAGUCAGUGAUCUUUUUGACCGCAGCUGGCACAAAAUUGCCUUCAGCAUUCAGUCAAAAGCUGUCUCGCUCUACAUAGACUGCAAACUGGUGCAGAUGCUGCCUAUUGAAGACAGGGAAAAUAUUGACAUUCAAGGAAAGACUGUGAUCGGCAAACGCUUGUAUGAUAGCGUCCCCAUUGAUUUUGAUCUUCAGCGGAUGGUUAUUUACUGUGAUUCUCGGCAUGCUGAGCUGGAGACCUGCUGUGACAUUCCCUCUGGACCAUGCCAGGUCACGGUCCUGACUGAAGCACCUCCCGUGGAAUUGAGGCCCACUGUUGGCAGCGAGCAAGUUGGCCACCUCAAGACUUUCAACUGCUCCUGCCCUGCUGGACAAAAGGGGGAAAGAGGUCCAGUUGGCCCUGCAGGUCCUAAAGGUCAAAAGGGAGAAAGUGGCACCCAAGGGCUUCCUGGACUCAGAGGAGAAAAAGGAGAGUCAGGCAGAGUCUAUGGCAGAGGAGAAAAAGGAGAAAAGGGGUCCUUGGGCUCACCUGGCCUCCCUGGGAAGGAUGGAGCAAAAGGAGAAGCCGGCGAACCAGGACAGCCAGGAGCAUUUGGACUGCCAGGGCCAGCAGGUCCAAAGGGAUCUGAGGGGAAACAGGGUCCUCCAGGAAUUAAAGGCUACGUGGGUGCACCGGGUCUACAAGGAGAAAGAGGAGAAAAGGGAACACGAGGAGACAAGGGAGAGCGAGGCCUAGAUGGGUUCCCUGGAAAGCCAGGUCUGGAGGGAAGACAGGGCCCUGCUGGCAGCCCAGGCCCUCCAGGUACCAGUGGGACCAAAGGAGAAAAGGGUGAACCAGGACCUCCAGGAUUGCCUGGCUCUUUCGUGCAUACUGAAGGCCUAAAAGGAGAGCAAGGAAUGCCUGGGCCACGAGGACCACAAGGCCAACCCGGACUUCCUGGACCUCCAGGUGAGCCUGGUCUGGAAGGCAAGCCUGGAAUCCCUGGUGUACCAGGUCAAAGGGGUAAAAAGGGAGAACCAGGAUUCCCAGGAAUCAAUGGUCUGAUCGGCCCUCAGGGACCUCUGGGGCCCCCAGGCAUUGCUGGACCUCCUGGACCACCUGGAGCACCAGGGCUGCCAGGAGAGAUUGGAGUUUCUGGUAAAACUGGACCACCAGGACCACCUGGAUUGCCUGGCAAGGAUGGAUUCAAUGGGCUUCCUGGGCUUCCAGGUCAAAAGGGAGAACAAGGGGAAAAGGGUGAGGAAGGCUUUCCUGGAAAAGCUGGUCCUAAGGGUGAACCAGGGAGCCGUGGCCAACCUGGUGAGCAGGGUGAAGCAGGAUUUCCUGGUCCUCAGGGUUUACCUGGACUGAGAGGAGAAAAAGGAGACCAGGGAGACAAAGGAAAAGAUGGUUUCCCGGGAUUGAAAGGUGAAAGAGGAGAAAAGGGUGACACAGGUUCCCCUGGACCACCAGGCUUACCUGGAACAACAGCCUUCUUCACCCCACGCCCCAGAAUUCCUGGUGAACCUGGACCAAAAGGGGAGAAAGGAGAUCGAGGAACAAGUGGAGAACCUGGAUUACCUGGGAUCCCAGGUGAAAAAGGUGUCCCAGGACCUGCAGGAGCAGAGGGCACAAAGGGGCAGAAAGGAGCCCGAGGAGAAGCUGGAGCCCCUGGAGAGACUGGUGUGACUGGGCCAGCAGGACCCCCAGGUCCAAGAGGCUUACCAGGAAAUGUGGGUGUGCCUGGACACCCUGGGCUACCAGGAAAAGAAGGAGAAAAAGGGGAAAAGGGUGAUCCUGGAAAAGAAGGAAAAAUGGGUUUACCUGGGCCAGCUGGUGAGCCAGGGCGUGCUGGAGAGCCAGGUUUGCCUGGUAAGGGAAAAGAUGGAGAACAGGGACAAAGAGGCCCACCAGGCUUGCCAGGACCCUUUGGACACAAGGGUGAGAGGGGACCUCCUGGCCUCCCUGGACAGCCAGGAGACAGAGGUGCACCAGGAAUCGGGCUGACUGGACUCCCUGGCCCAGUGGGACCUCCAGGAGGCAAAGGGUCAUUGGGUCCCCGCGGUGUACCUGGUAUCCCUGGACCACAGGGGCCUCCUGGCCAGGAUGGUCUACCUGGAAAUCCAGGGGAAAGGGGACCUCCUGGAAAACCAGGUUCCCCACCCCUGCUCUCUCCAGAGGACAUAAAUCUCUUCGUAAAGGAUGUGUGCACUGAAUGCCCUCCUGGCCCACCAGGAUUGCCAGGCAUCCCAGGUUUCAAAGGUGAUAAAGGUCUCAGAGGACCACCAGGUAGAGAUGGCCAGGAUGGGAAAAUGGGGAAUGCUGGUCCCAGAGGUCCUGCAGGCCCCCCUGGGCUUGAUGGCCCAAAGGGUGCUAAAGGAGACCGUGGUAUGACUGGGGAUACAGGAGAAAAAGGUGAACAGGGCCACCCUGGAAUGCCUGGCUUCUCAGGGGCUCCUGGAAACCCUGGUCCACCCGGCCCAGAUGGAGCACCAGGACCAAUAGGACCAGCAGGAAACCCAGGAGACAUAGGUAAAGAUGGCCUUCCAGGUCCACAGGGCCCACCAGGAUUGCCUGGACUUCCAGGCAUUGCGGGGAAUGAUGGCAAGGAUGGCAAGCCAGGAUCUCUUGGGGAACCGGGAAAGCCUGGAGAACCAGGGCUCCCAGGCCAAGAAGGUGCCAGAGGCUUACCAGGUUUCAAAGGACAGAGAGGAGAUACAGGUCCUCCAGGACCCCAGGGGGAGCCAGGUGUGACUGGUCCUGCUGGUCAUGAGGGGCCACCAGGGAAGGAUGGUGAUACUGGUCCCAUAGGACCACAAGGCCCUCGAGGACCCAGGGGGCAGCCGGGCAAGAAUGGAUCGCCCGGACCUGCAGGAGAACCUGGCCCAGCAGGUAACCCAGGUCCUAAAGGAAAUAAAGGAGAAAAUGGCAGCCCAGGACUCCCUGGCUUCAUAGGACCCCGAGGACCACCUGGAGAACCAGGAGAGAAGGGUCCUCCUGGAAAAGAGGGUGCUCCAGGGAAAAUGGGUGAAACUGGCUCCAAAGGAGAGAGGGGAGAGCCAGGCAUCAAAGGUGAAAAAGGCCCUCAAGGAGAAAAGGGCCCUCCAGGUGAUCCUGGGAUACCUGGUCACAAAGGCCAUCCAGGACUGAUGGGUCCCCACGGCCCCCCAGGAGACACUGGGCAAGUUGGACCUCCUGGUCCUCCGGGACAGCCAGGAUUUCCAGGACCAAGGGGGGAGCCCCCAUCUCUGGAGACUUUGAGAAGGCUCAUCCAGCAGGAGUUAGACAAGCAGCUUGAUGCAAAGUUAGCCUAUCUCCUGGCUCAGAUACAGCCUGCACAUGUCAAAGUGUCCCACGGCAGACCAGGACCUCCUGGUCCCCCCGGGAAAGAGGGACUCCCAGGAAGAACUGGCCCUCCGGGAGAGCCUGGCCGGCCUGGACAGACUGGGUCUGAAGGGCCACCUGGACCAGUUGGUCCCAAAGGAGAAAGAGGAGAAAAGGGUGAAAAAGGAGAUGCUGGCAUUGGCCAACGAGGGGAAAUAGGUCCUCCAGGAAUUCCAGGUCUCCCAGGGGAGCCUGGCUAUGCCAAAGAUGGGAUGCCAGGACCACCCGGCCCUCAAGGUGAAGCUGGUGUGCCUGGUCUCAAAGGUCCACAGGGACCUCCGGGAGCUAAUGGACAGUGUGACCCCACUCAGUGUGCUUACUAUGCAAGCCUGGCUGCCAGACCUGCCAACGUGAAAGGGCCCUAACGUGCAGGGGGUAUCCCCAGACUUGGUUUUAAAACUUGAAUUCAUCCCACCUGUCAAGAGGUCUCAGAUGCCUUCAACUGUGUUUCCUUCAUGGGAGGCCUUCAAAGCCAACAAAUGCUGCCGGUCGGUCAGAUUAUUUUUAUGAAUUAUAAUUAUUAUUAUUAUUAUCUUCGAUGUGAUAUGUGAAUUUGUUUUUUGUUUUCUCUAACAUCAGGGCAUAUUAAAAGAUCAAAAAUAAGUGGGUUUUCCUCUUUUGAAGAGCAUAUAAUACCAAUGCAUUUUGUAGUUGUUUAUGCAAAACCAUUCCGAUGCCAAGCUUUUCGAUACCAACCAGGUAACCCUGGUUACCUCUUUCCAAAGCUUUAACCUUCACCCUUGAAACUACAAUCAAAUCCUGUAUCCCAUGGCAUUAACUGUGAGACACAGGUUGAUCACAGGCUUGUUGGUGCUGUCUGCCAUCCACAUGGAGGGGAGGAAGGUAAAGCCGUGCCAAAGCUGGAAAAGAGGUCUCCAGUACUUUCAACUCAUUCUGGACAGUUAUGAACAGUCAGCAUGUGUUUUCAGGUGAUCCUUAUUGAAUUUAAUGUUCUUCUGCCCAUAAGUGAAUCUGUAUCCUAUAGGAGAUAUUUUUUAUGGGACCAUGUGGGAUCUCACAGUAAGGCCUGAAGAGACCACAGAGAUGAUGUAAACCACUCACUGCUCCCUGUGCAAGAACUCCAGUAAUCAGAGGGUUUAGUUCUACCAGAUGGAGCUUAAAUACCUCUUGCCAGGGAGAUGCCUCUGCAAAAAGCUUCAAUGCUGUCCCCUAUCAGCUCAGGGAUGCCAAAUCCCCUGUUCAUUAUCAGUGCACACACAGCUCCCUACCACUGCUUCACCUCAAAACCAGCCAGAGAAGCAUAGAAAGUCUGCUGGCAUUAAUCUCAGGAAGCCAAGUGUGACCUAACUCAUUAUUUUGGAUGAUCCACUACAAUAAUUUGCCAAGAUAAUGUUUUAGAGAGUAGGUAAAAAGUUGCAGGCUGAUCUAGGAGGAGGUUGGUCUCUGAUGAGAGAGUCAGAGCAAAGAGGUGUUAAGAAACCUGAAGAAAAUUGUGUUUGAGGGCAAAAGGAAAAUAUCAGACCCACAUCGUUUUCCCCUAUCAGCUAAUUGCCAAAAUCAACCUGAGAAUGCAGAGAAUGCAGAGAAAGUAAAGAGGGGAUGGAGUCUGAAAAGCCCGGACUUAUGUGCCAGCCAACAAAGCAGCUGCAGUUUCAAAACUCUCUGUUCAAAGCAGUUUGUAGUGAGAGAUGAGACCAAUGAUCCUCACACAGGCAUUUAGUGCUGAAUGUGUCUGGAAAUCUCAUCAGGUCUUUUGGAGACAGCAAAGAGGCACCCUGCCCUGCUGGCACAUUCAUAUGGCAUGGUGCUUCCAACCUGGCUAAGCCAAGCAGAAGCCACAGAUGUCUGCAACCACCCCAGAGCCAGACCCUGAGGCUAAAGCCCAGAUAUAACAUUUUGCCAGCCUUGAAGUCUUUUUGUCACCCAGUAGCAGAUAAAAUCUGCCUCUUCUUUAUUGAAAAAUGAAAUUAAAUGAAAUGUUCUCAUGCGAGGGUUAAACAAAGUCUUUACUGUGUAGCUCUCAGUGGUGCUAUUUUUGCUAUUUCCUGUGCAAAUAAACUCUUUGAUUUGAUUUUACUGUGUUUCUUGCUAUGGAAAGACGGAUUAAAGUGAAAAUAUGAAGUGAAAAGCUUACUGCUUUUAAGUAACUCCCAAUGGUAUAUCUGUUACUGUACUGCAUCUUAGUCAGCUUGCUAUAUUAUUUCAGUAUUAAGCGUGUUGAUCAUGUUGUAUUUAACAGCACCCUUUUUCCUAGUCCAGGCUGAGUGAGAUUUCACCCCUCCAGUGGUGAGGUAGAACAGGAUUGCUUCUCAAGAGAUAACUCCCAGCAUGGCAUGAGACAUCAUUUUGAAUAGAUGCAAUGGCAAUGAGUAGCAUUUAUGAUGGUCAGAUGUGUUGCCUGGGUUAUGUUAAUGUGACAUUUAAUUCCUGUCAUGACGAUGACUCUUCAGCCUCUGUAGAUUGUCUCUACUCAUGUACGUCUGCAUGAGCCAUGCAUGUCAUAGGCUUCAAUACAUUCCAGUGCACCAUGAGAAGGGCGGAUACAUAAUGAUGUUAAACAGAUUUCAGGGUCUUUCACCCCUGUGUGUUGAUUGAUAGAAUAAUUUGUGUUGGAAGGGACCUUUGAAGGUCAUCUACUCCAACCCCCAGUAGAUGAGAUGGUGCAAUGGUAUCUAGGGAUUUUUUUGGACAACCCUUUUCAUCUGAAUGUCUGUUGGAGCCAUUGCCAAAAGCCUGUGUUAAGAAUGUGAGGGACCACCACAUCUUUAAUAGCAAUUGGAAGACCUGCAUGGGUUAGGCACAGACUACAGCUCUGUGACUUCUCCACACGGAGUAGGGGACACAGACUAAUGCCCUUUGCUCCAGCAUGUUCCCUAGCAUACACUUGUCAGUUCAGCCUGUUCCUGGAGACACCCCAGCCUGUCUUUGUGCCUUGAAUUCAAUGGGUGCUAUUUUAGUGUUUUUUCUUAAAUCCUGGUUUCUCUCCAGCCAGUCAAAUGGCAUUUACCAAGCAUAAUGUGUUGCUGGUGUGAGGAGUAAGCGACACAGGCUGCAGACCCAGAUCAAGACCUGUGUUUAUAGCCACCCAGUUUCUAUGGGUGUAGUCAUCAAAGGGAGGUUUUUGUGGCUGCCACCUCUUACAGAAGCAAGCCCUACGUGCAUGUGCCUAAAAAAUGCCCUGCAAUAAAAGGUAAGAAAGGGUUUAUUUGCAGGGUUUCAGAAAAUGCAGCAGUUUUUGCCUCAGUCUGUUCAUGUGUAUAUGCCAUCUCUGGCCUGAGAUUACUUUCCAAAUGAGGUCUGCCAUCUGGGCAGCCAACACAUGGACAAGUACAGCCUUGGGCAUGGUCAGAAGCUGCCCUCCAGAAAACACCUCUGUGCCUGAGCAGGUGAUGGAAGAUGCUGGAAGGUGACAAGCAGACAUGUAUUGUAUGUCCAGCAUCUUGCAAUGUGAUCAUGCAGGCAGGAGGUGGCAGGUAGAGCAGAGACAACACUGGUGGCCUCUCCCCUAAAUGCUCUGGAAUGAGGGAAGGCUUUUGCAUCUUAGUGUUCCUGUCUCUGCAACAGAGUGGUUGGUACAUCACCAUAAAGGCUGUUCACUGAGUCUGAGGUUUAAACCCAGGAAUACGAUGAUGGUUUUGUUGGAUUUUGUUGUGGCUAGUCCUGUGGUAAGAGAGGAUAUACUGUUAAAAUUGCAUUAGACAGCCUGACAAUGUAUUAUUUAUGUAUUUAAAAGGUGUUCAUGACACAUGGGCUUUAUGGCUUCACUGUGGGUUGUUCUUUUCCUUUUUAAUCAAGUGUGUACAUUAUUGCAAUUAUAGCAAACAGACCGUUAUUCCAUUAAAAUUUUUGCCUGUCAAAUAAAUGAAUUUAAAAAACAAAACCAACAAACAAAACCAAACCAAAAUAACAGGAACAGUUGGGGAAAAUAUUUUUUUGUGUGUGUUAAAUUAUUUAACAAUUCAUAUUUGUUUUCUGAACAGUUUUGAAUUAGCUGCUUCUUGGAAGCUGUGGCAGGGAAUGGAUUGUUUUCUUCCUUUGCCACUUUCGAGUGGGUCUUCUCAGCACAGCCUUGUGAUGCUGUUUUCCUGAGCUGUCCUUUUCCUGCCUUUUGUUGUUAACAUGGGAUAAUUAAACUGUGUAAGGUCUGAA